AUGGACAACAAUAACACCACUUCCUGCUCUGCCACAAUUAUGGAGGUGGAGAGCACCAAUAGGAAGGAAGAGAAGGUUCUGGACUGUGAGAAGAAUGAGAUCAACCAGAAUCCUCAGCUUUUACCCAAUGUCACCCUGGGCUACAACAUCUAUGAGGCUGCUUUUGAUGUCAGAACAACAGCUGAUGCCAUGCUAGACAGCAUUCCAAGCUACAGCUGUGGAAGACAGAGUAAUGUUAUAGCUGUUUUUGAAGCAACUACUUAUGAAAUUGCCAGCCAGAUUUCAAGCAUGUUGGGCAUCUACAAAAUGCCCCAGCUUCACAGUUUCUUAAAAGAAAUCCAGUUUUCAAAUUUAUCCAUAGGAGGGAUGUAUUUUGAUAAGAGUGGGGAGCUGACUGCCAACUUUGAUAUCUGGAACUGGGUCUUGUUUCCCAAUAAAUCUCACAGCAGAAUGAAGGUUGGGAAAAUCGAGGAACAGGCAUCCUCCGACAUAAAAUUCACCAUUAAUCCGGAAGCCAUUGUGUGGCCUGGGAACUUCAGCAAGGUCGUGCCUCGUUCAAGGUGCACCGAAAGCUGUCGCCCUGGAUAUGCCAGGGUGACUAAAGAAGGAGAGCCCGUUUGCUGCUAUGAUUGUGUUCCUUGUGCGGAAGGGACCAUCUCCGUUCAGGAAGAUGCAAAGCAUUGCACGAAAUGCCCAGAAGAUCAGCAUGCAAAUCAAGCGCGAGACAAAUGUAUCCCCAAGACGAUAACAUUUCUGACUUAUGAAGAACCCUUGGGGAUUGUCCUGGUUUCCUUUGCCCUCUUCUUGUCCUUGACCACUGGCAUUGUGCUAGGAAUAUUCAUUAAAUACAAGGAAACACCCAUAGUCAAAGCUAACAAUCGAGAUUUAUCCUAUAUCCUCCUCAUCUCCCUCCUGCUUUCCUUUUUGUCCGCCUUCCUGUUCAUCGGCCGGCCAAGCAAAGUGACCUGCCUAAUCCGACAAACAGCCUUCAGCAUCAUAUUUUCAUUCGCUGUCUCUUCUGUGUUGGCAAAAACCAUUACUGUGGUGCUGGCCUUCUUGGCCACAAAGCCAGGGAACAAGGCAAGGAGAUGGCUGGGGAAGAGUCUGUCCAACUCCAUUGUCCUUUCCUGUUCUAGUAUGCAAAUUGUCAUCUGCACCAUCUGGCUGGGAAUCUCGCCACCCUUCCCUUCCUCCGACAUGCAAUCCCAGGCUGGAACAAUCAUCCUUCUAUGCAAUGAAGGAUCGGUUGCCAUGUUUUACACAGUCCUUGGCUACAUGGGCUUCCUGGCGGCCAUCUGCUUCACGGUGGCUUUCCUAGCUAGAAAGCUUCCAGGGUCCUUCAAUGAAGCCAAGCUGAUCACCUUCAGCAUGCUGGUCUUCUGCAGUGUGUGGGUGUCCUUUGUGCCCACCUACCUGAGCACCAAGGGGAAGUACAUGGUAGCUGUGCAGGUCUUCUCUAUGUUGGCCUCCAGUGCUGGGCUUCUAGGCUGCAUCUUCAUUCCCAAGUGCUACAUUAUCAUACUCAGGCCAGAUCUGAACACAAAAGCACAUCUAACUACAAAAAAGAUCAACCAGAAUCCUCAGCUUUUACCCAAUGUCACCCUGGGCUACAACAUCUAUGAGGCUGCUUUUGAUGUCAGAACAGCGGCUGAUGCCAUGCUAGACAGCAUUCCAAGCUACAGCUGUGGAAGACAGAGUAAUAUUAUAGCUGUUUUUGAAGCAACUACUUCUGAAAUUGGCAGCCAGAUUUCAAGCAUGUUGGGCAUCUACAAAAUGCCCCAGAGUCCCUCGCGCCAAACGCGCCUCUGCAACAAGGCGGACCACAUCAGCGUCAUCCCCGGGAAAGAAGCCCGUAGCUUGUCAAAGUCCUCAAAGAUGUUCCAUUUCAAUUCCACUGCAUUUCGAUAUGCCAAAUCAUUCUCCCCCAGCUGA